CAAAUAUUCAACCUCACAAAGCACACUGGCGCCGAGAUGGCCCCUUUUAAUUCUUCAAAUUGUAAUUAUAAACAAAGAAGUAGGAUAGCUACGUUAAAUUAUACGGGAUGCGGAAAGGUAAUAUAAAUAGAGUUAAUUGUUGUUUACAGGCGUGAAGAACAGGGUUAGAAAGUAAGAGCGGACGUUGACAAGAGCACGUGAACGGAACACAAUUACAGUCUGUCUGAAAACAAGUAAAAGCCUGUGAAGCAGCAACAAUCACGGGAAAAGUCUGCCUUAUAUAAACGUUGACAGUGUUUUGUUCUAAUCUGUGGAUUAUGUAAAAAUCAUUACAGUUAUCGGUGCCGCUGUUGUUAGCAUGACGAAGAAAACAAACCCAAAGUUUUGGAAAAGGCUCAAAUCCCAAACCACGUCAACUUAUCUGUCGUGGCACCCACAGGAUUCUCUGUCUGGGCACAAAGGAACCGAGGAAAACCUAAAAUAUCAGGGUUUCUUACAAAAUGGACACAGACGUCUGCCCUGCUGAUCAGCCCACCUCUGCACCCUCAGACCGGCAGUGGCCUUAUUCUGCCCCUGUAGAAGAAGCCUCUGGGGUUGAGGUCAUCAGACAAACUGUGGCAGCUCUGCCAGGUUCAGAGGUGGAGGAUCUGGAUUCGUACAACUUGAUUGAGCCUCCUCCAUUAGACUGGAGGUCCGAGUCCUCCAGUGAGGCGGGCUCCGCGGACGACCUGGAUGACCCCAGCUUCCCUCCUUCUGUUGACAGCUUUGACAAGGCCAGUCCAGCUGAGCCAGUAUUACUACCUUUGGAGAUGAGUGACACAGUGGCUCAACUCAACAUAAACCAGCAGGAGCUGUUGCAAAAUAAUUUAGAGCCAGUCCAGAAAACUGAGGUGGAAGUGGAUGAGGAGGAAGGGGUGAGGGUGGAGGACUUGGAGGAUGUUGGGGAAGACCAGGAGGAUGUUGGGGAAGACCAGGAGGAGCUAACAUUUAAGGACGUGGAAAAAAUAGACACUCAAGAGGAAGUUGCUAACAGAAGAUCAGGUGAUGAAGACCAUAGCCGCAUCCACACCCUGCUCAGCCAGCUCCAGCUGAUGGGUGAAGGGCCUCAUCCCAGUCAUCAGACACCACCUCACCAUCACUACUCCAGCCUGUCUGAGCUAGAAGCCUGUGCAGACGACAGCACUGAAACCACUGGAUUGCUGUUCUCUGAAAGCCACCAGAGAGACCUACUGGGGCUGCUUCAGUGCACAGAGAUUGGUGCUACACCCCGUCCCACCUGUCUGCCUCACAGAGGGGAGGUGGAUGCUGUAGUGUCAGUUUCCUACAGUCAGGAGGACGCUCAGAGGUUCUGGGGGCAUCAUAGGAAUGGUCAACAUCGUAGGCACAGGGAGGACUCCCUCGCCUCCCUGCCGGACGAAGAGUAUCCUGAACCAGUGUGGAUGAAGCUGGGUGAGGAGCCUCCCGACGAAGAUGCUGCUGCAGAGAGUGAGCAGAGUGCUAAUGACCAUCCUUCAUAUAAAGACGUGCCUGGUCCUUGUGACCCCGAAGACCUGUUGGAUGGGGUAAUAUUUGGAGCUAAGUAUCUGGGCUCCACUCAGAUCAAAUCAGAGAGGAACCCAUCUACGAACGCUCGUAUGGCUCAGGCUCAGGAGGCUGUGGACCGCAUAAAGGCUCCAGAGGGUGAGUCUCAGCCAAUGACAGAAGUGGAUUUAUUCAUCUCAACGCAGCGAAUCAAAGUGCUCACUGCUGACACACAGGAAGCAAUGAUGGAUCACGCACUGCAGAUGAUCUCUUACAUUGCAGACAUUGGCGACAUCGUGGUCCUGAUGGCACGAAGGAAGCGUAAAGGGCCGGAUGGUGACCCAGCCUCUAACUCUUCUUCUUCAUCAUCCUCCCUUGGGCCUCAGAAAAAGUGCUUAAUGAUCUGCCAUGUCUUCACCUCCGAGGAUGCUCAGAUCAUAGCCCAGGCUAUUGGCCAGGCUUUCGGAGUGGCCUAUCAGCAGUUCCUGCAGGCCAACGGCAUCAAAGCCAGUGAUCUGAGGCCCAGCGAAUACAGUGACUACCUGGAAAGUCAGGAGCUCUACAACGGAGACCUGGCCCACUUCUCUGACUCUCAGAACCUCAAAGAUGUCGUCAUCACAAAGGCUUCUGGAGAGAUCUUGGGGCUUGCGGUGGUGGAGUCAGGCUGGGGCUCCAUCCUGCCCACUGUGGUGGUGGCCAACCUCCUUCACGGUGGUCCAGCUGAGCGCUGCGGCGAGCUCAGCAUUGGUGACCGCAUCAUGUCCGUCAACGGCACCAGCCUGGUGGGUCUGCCCAUCACCACCUGCCAGAACAUCAUCCGGGACCUGAAAAGCCAAAAGUACGUGAAGCUCAGCAUUGUCCACUGCCCUCCGGUCACCAUGGCGAUUAUCAGGCGGCCAGAUCCCAAGUUUCAGCUGGGCUUCAGUGUGGAGGACGGCAUCAUCUGCAGUCUGAUGCGCGGCGGUAUAGCAGAGAGAGGUGGCAUCCGGGUCGGGCACCGCAUCAUUGAAAUCAACGGGCAGAGUGUCGUCGCAACGCCGCACGACAAGAUCAUCCAGAUCCUGACAAAUGCAGUCGGAGAGAUUCACUUGAAGACAAUGCCAGCCUCAACAUAUCGACUCUUAACAGGACAGGAGCAGCCAGUGUUUCUUUGAGCACUUCCUGCUACAAUGAGGACAGAAAAUACUGCACAGUGUUCAACAUGAACUUUUUCAUGAACUUUUUCCAAACUCGGAAAAUAUUAUGCAAUUGAUCGUACAGCAUAAGUUGUUGUCACACCACUGAAUACAACAAAUUAGUCUUGCUAUAUAUAUAUAUUUUUAAGAUAUAAAUCCAUUUGAAUAUUGUAAAAAAAAUAUUUUAAAGUGACAGGGAUAGGCGUUAGUUCUCAAUUUAUAUUUAUCAGAUACAUAACAAUGGAGGCAGUAGCUGAGAUGCAAUAAUGCAUAAGCGCAAUAUUUUUGACUUCACUAACUUACAUGGAUGUUAGCAAUAUUGAGUACUCAUCUGAGUCUUCCAGCCUGGUGUGCCUGAGGUGAACAUGCUUGCAGGGAAAACUUUAUUGAAUCAGCACAGAGGGUUUGUGUGUUUAAUUGUAAUGUACUUCCAGUCCCUCACAUGUACGUGCAUAUCUGGAAGUGUUUGUCACAAGCUUCAGAGAAGGCUACUGGUUCAUUCAUACAAUGCUUCCCUGACUGUACCUGACAGGAAGCGGAUAUCAUGCACAAUUGAAGGUAACUGCCUUAUCUGAUAGAGAGAUGCUUAUAUUUUUUAAAAUGUGCUGUUUUGGAUGUUCAUUAAAAUGAUCUGGAAUAUG